AUGACAUUCCGUCCACCAAAGGGAAAUCUUGGUAAGAAGUCGUUGCUAAAAUUUUCUUCGGAACCUUGUACCUAUAAGCACUACAAUUGUUCGCAGCCAUGUUUAGAAAAUUAUUCGCUUUGCGUGCGCCAUAUAUUAGAAGAUAAAAACGCUCCUUUUAAGCAAUGUAAUUACAUAUAUACCGUUACGGGCAGAAGAUGCCCACUUCCUGCGCCGAAAGGUGAAAAAAAUGAACGUAGAGAAAGUUAUUGUGUUGAACACGUUAGAAAAAUUCAAUUGCGGCAUCAGAAGCAUCGAGGAACUCCUCAGCCUCCAAUAACAAAAGAAAGACUUCUCUCAAACAUAUCACACUACGCCAAAGUAUCGGAUGCCGAAAAAAAUCAAUCAUUGGGUAAAAAUCAAUUAGAUGAUGAUAAAAACAAUGAAAAUACUUCAUCAGCUCAAGAAAUUACUUCAGAUACCAGUGAAAGAGAAAAUGUUCUGAUUACCAAGUGCCUCAAUCCAUUUGUAGAUAUAAAUGCAACUUCAAUAAAUAAUUCUCUUCAUAAAGUUUUAGAAUAUUGUAGCGAGUCUGAUUCUGAUGUUGAUGUUACAACAGUAGAAAAAACUACCAGGGUUAAAGAUGAAGAUUCAAGCGAGGCUGAAAGCGUGGAUUCUUCUGGAGAAGAUAUUUUUAAACAUGCUAAUAUUUACACUCCGGAAGAAGUGGCAUUAAGGACCAAAGAGAAAUUAAUAAGACUACAGACACUGUAUAUAGAACAAUUUAAAAGACUUCAACAUGUUCUUAAAGAAAGAAGAAGAGAUUAUGUUCAUGCAUUGCAAAAAGAAAAAGAAACCCUGUGUUCGAUAGCUAAUCAACCCAGAGAGACUGUCAAAGAGCAAAAGCUUUAUGAAAAAUUGAAAAGUCUUAAUCACUAUCACAAAAGAUAUGGCGUGGAAGCAAUUUUACAUAAAAAAGCAAUCGAAAGAAGAACUUUAGCCACUGAGGGAAUGACCAACAAACCUUCAUCCUCUUCGAAAUGUAUAUUUACAGAGGGGGGAGUGAAAUGUGCUUUAAAAACAUUGCCAUGUUCAAAAUAUUGUGUUAAACACAUUUUACAAGACACACAUCAAAUGUUGUUUCGAGCAUGUGGAGUUAAUAAGGGUGUUUCUUCAUGCCAAGAGCCUGUUCUACAUAUAUUUCCAAAUGAAAAUUGUAUUUUUCAUUUCAACAUUCCUCCACAGCAGUUAACAUACAACACACAUUUAUCUUCAGAAGAUGAAGAAGAAACUGUAGUCAAGCAACCAGAAAUGUCAGAGUUUAAAUCAGUCAAAGUAAAAGAAGAUUUGUCUAAUGCAGCACCUGUGGAAGAGUUACCUUUAGAUAUGUUAGAAAAUAAAGAAGUUUUACAAAGUUUACAAAAAAGUGAUGGUGACCAUUUGUAUUACAUAAAUGACAGUUGCCUUACAAGUUCAAACAUGUCAAAAGAAUGUGUUGUGCCAUUUGAAAGUGAUGAAUCUGGAGAUAUAGUUUGA